AUGAGUUGGGACGGAUUUAUCACUAAAAUAGUAGCUUCUGGCAAGGUAGCCCAAGCUGCCAUCUACGGAAGAGAUGGAUGCAUUUGGGCUUUAAGUCCCGGCUUUCAGCUUUCUGGUGACGAAGUAAAAGUGAUACUUGACUACAAGAAAAAUAUCAGUUCUUUAAAAACCGAUGGAUUUACUGUUAAUGGUGUCAAAUACACAUUAUUAACUGUGGCUCAGGAUCAGUGUAUGCUUAUUGGUACUGCACAGCAAGGUGGUGGAGUUUAUAUCUCUUUUACAAAACAAGCGUUUGUUUUGGGUACUUACACCCAUAGUAUGCAGCCUGGACCGUGUGAGACUGUCAUUAGUGAAACAGCCGAAGAGUUGAUUAAACUGGGUUAUUAA